AUGACACUUUGGUCUCGAGCAAGAUCGGGGCACCAGGAUACCAGGUCACAGUUUCUGACUGGAUUUUCUACAACGGAGCGGUUCCGCGCAAACUGGCGGAGUUGCAUGACCAGGGCUUCAGGCUUGUGGUGUUCACCAACCAGGGGAACAUCAGGGGUGCCCUGGAUGGAAAGCGUUCCGUGGCCUUCAAGGGCUAUGUUGAUGACUUCGCAAAGAAGCUGGGGUUGCCAUUGCUUGUCAUGGCAUCAACGCAGCGUGACAAGUACCGCAAGCCAAAUACUGGUAUGUGGGAACACCUUGCAAAG